AGUGAGCUGUUAAGUAUCGCAACGCUCCACGUGUCGAUGGUGGUGGUCGUUGAAAGUGUCGGUUAUAAAGAGCCGCGGUAAGCCGAACCGAUCAGUUCGACGUUAGCGCAUCGUAAGAAACCGACCGUAGAUCUGUGAAAAAAAUAUAAUACUUACAUACAAAUAGGGCGACCAUGUCGGCGGCUGAACCGGAAAUAAUCAACUCCGUCGUUGCGGCGGCGUCCGUCGGACUGUCAGCGACCACGGUUUUCCUCUCCCUUUUGAUACCCGCUCUCGUCCUCUACUACAUCUACUUCAGGAUCUCCCGUCGACAUAUGAUCGAGCUGGGUGACAAGUUACCGGGUCCCGAUGGCUUGCCGCUGAUCGGAAAUACGCUAAUGUUCCUGGGAAGCUCAGACACCAUAUUCCGUAACAUAUACAGGAAGUCCUUCGAGUACGAUCAAGUUAUUAGGAUAUGGCUCGGCCCGAAACUAGUGGUCUUCCUCAUGGACCCGCGUGACGUCGAGAUCGUCUUGUCGAGCCACAUCUACCUCGACAAGUCCACCGAGUAUCACUUCUUUAAACCCUGGCUCGGAAACGGUCUCCUUAUCUCCACCGGCCAGAAAUGGCGCGCCCAUCGCAAGCUGAUCGCGCCGACAUUCCACUUGAACGUACUCAAAAGCUUCAUUGACCUGUUCAACGCCAACUCUCGCGCCGUGGUGGAGAAAAUGCGCAAGGAGGGCGACAAGGAAUUUGACUGCCAUGACUACAUGUCCGAGUGCACCGUCGAGAUCCUCCUUGAGACCGCGAUGGGUGUCUCCAAGACAACGCAAGACCGAAGCGGCUUCGAGUACGCCAUGGCCGUUAUGAAGAUGUGCGACAUUCUGCAUCUGCGCCACACGAAGCUUUGGCUGAGGCCCGAUUGGUUGUUCAAUCUCUCGAGAUACGGGAAAGAUCAGAUCCGUCUGCUGGAGAUCAUCCACGGGCUCACGAAAAAGGUGAUCGCGCGCAAGAAGGAGGACUUCAAGAAGGGCAAACGUAAUGUCAUCGACACCUCCGCGCAAAGCAACGGCCAGGCCAUCAAGAACACCUCCGUGGAAGGACUCUCCUUCGGACAGUCGGUUGGUCUCAAGGACGACCUCGACGUGGACGACAACGACGUUGGCGAGAAGAAGAGGCAAGCCUUCCUUGAUCUGCUAAUGGAAGCUGGUCAGAAAGGCAAGGUGCUUACGGAUGAAGAAGUAAAAGAGCAAGUCGACACCAUCAUGUUCGAGGGACACGACACUACCGCGGCCGCGUCGAGCUUCUUCCUGUCGGUGAUGGGUUGCCGCUCGGACAUUCAGGAGAAAGUUAUCCAGGAGCUCGACGAGAUCUUCGGCGACAGCGACAGGCCCGCGACCUUCCAGGAUACCUUGGAGAUGAAGUACCUCGAGCGGUGUCUCAUGGAGACUCUGCGCUUGUACCCGCCUGUGCCGCUCAUCGCGCGGAACAUCAACAAGGACUUGAAACUCGCAUCGGGAGACUACGUGCUUCCGGCCGGCUGCACGGUCGUGGUGACGACUUUCAAGAUGCACCGACAGUCGUACCUCUACUCGAACCCGGAGGUCUUCAACCCCGACAACUUCCUGCCCGAGAGAACCGCCAACCGCCAUUACUACGCCUUCGUACCGUUCUCCGCCGGGCCGCGUUCCUGCGUGGGCCGCAAGUACGCCAUACUCAAGCUGAAGAUCAUCUUGUCCACGAUCAUGAGGAACUUCCGCGUCAAAUCCGACAUCAAGGAAAGCGACUGGAGGCUCCAGGGCGACAUCAUACUCAAGCGGAACGAGGGCUUCCAAAUCAAAUUGCAGCCGAGGAAGCCGGCGGCCGCGACCGCGACCGCUUAGACGCUCCUCGGCUUCGGCGGAUUAUUAGUGUGGAAAGUAGAAUAAAAGCGGUGGUAGUGUAGCAACGACGGCGGGGAUGGGGGUGGGAGGGCGAAUCGCGUGUCUCGAGCUUCGAGGCGAAACGAAGACCGGAGUCUCGGAAGGAUCGCGCAUCGACAUAUGAAUGUUUGGAUGGAGCAUUCUGCGAGAGAAAGGUACUAUUAACGGUAAGGUAAAUUACGCCACUUUGGGUAAUAUCACUCGGAGCUUGCUCGGGUUUGUAUCCGCUCACUGGAUUGCAUCGCUGGACUGCGACGUCCGCAAUGAACCGAAGUAGCAUCUUUGAACAGAUUUCUUACGUCAGUAUAAAGUAUCAACAUAAUGGCUUGAUUUACAUCGUGCACUUGAUAUACGUACUAAAUAGUAACUUUCUAUUAGAUAAUCUUAAUAUCGACAAUGCACAUCAACGGCGACGCAUUCAAUCAAUACAAUACAUUUUGUUGGUGAGUAUUAUAUCAGCUUAAUAUACCGUUGUUUAUAUGUAUCGUCGAUAUUAAAAUUAUCUAAUAGAAAAUUACUAUUUAGUACGCGUAUCAAGUGCACGAUGUAAACCAAGCCGUUGUAAAGUGAAUAGUGAGUAGAAAAGUAUAUGGAGUCAAACUCUGAAUGACUCAAAGUGACCUUCUCCUUACUGAGCAUGUAUAUAUAAGCCGAGGCGUAACAGGUCAUUGAUAUUUUCUAAUCGUACGAAUCUGUCCCUGAAUGUUAACUUCUUUAACCCUUUCGUCCCGAAUGGUAGACAUAAAUAUAUUAUAUUCAGGGACGAGAGAGUUAAAUAGUUUACAAACAUAGUAAACAAUGAACUGAUAAUGCGUAGGAUUAGAAGGUUCUCUAAUGAUCUAGUUGGGUGAUGUUGUUAAAGCUAUUGCGCCAAUUUGUGUGCAACCCCGUAAUUGACAGUGCAGAUAUUUAUGUCGAUGAAAUUGCGUCGCGCGCGAAAAAAAAUGAAGCAAACGCGUUAGACCGCGACUGCGCGAAUGUAUAUUAGAUGUUAUAUAUUACUGGCCCGUAGUCGUUAGUCGUUUUACGUAGUCUUAUACUGAUCACUUACGUUGAUAUUUAUCGUCUCGCAAUAAAUUACACGGCGCUCGCGCCGCGAGAUUUGAUGUUCGCGCAAUCUUUCCUGUCGUUCUCCCGUCUCAUUCUGAUCCUUACUAUCGUGCACCGAGGAGACCAUGGCGAAAAAUCGAGACGUAAGCAUGCGGAAAUACAGCCGAGAAACGGGUGCGGUAUUGGCGCGGAAGGAUUACGAGGGAGAGAAAUUGCCGGGGACUGGCUCCAAGAUCGGAGAAAGCGAGCUAGGCUCGACUAAGCCGGCGAUUAUUAAAACUCUCGCCGGCGCCCGAUGGCACGAAAUGGGAAAGGUUAAGGACGAGUUGAAGGCAAUGCUUCCGAUACUAAAGCCUUCAGAAGUGAUAAGGUUACUUUGAUUGUUGAAUACACUUCCUGUAUCCUUCGUCGCGAACGUGAGAUUCUCAAAGCAUUUCGUCUAGAAUUACGGCAUUUAAAAUGCUUCUUUCCUUGACUUUGUUCGAUCUAUUAGCAAAUACACGGAGGGAGAAUUUUGUAAUAAAAAUUAUCAUAAAAAAUUGUA